CACAUCAAAUAUUGAUUGGCGGAUCCCAUUCUUGUGUUCAUAUAAACUCAAGUUUAUAUACAAAAUUGUUUUCUUCAUUGUUGUAUAUUUGAGUCUCUUAUCUCUCUCUCUCUCUCUCUCUCUGUUCCAAGUUUGUGGCUUUUAGAGUUCCCACAAACACCACAGAGAGACAGAGAGAGAAGGAAAACCCCACCAUCACAAUCAUGCCAUCAGCUUCUAAGAGAAGAAGGGCUGCUGCCAAGAAAAAGAAGGCACAGGAUAACGCCAUUAUCAACUCUCCACCUCUAGGGAAUGGUGAAUUGAAAUCCCAAGAUAUUCAAAAUGGAGAUUCACCUACACAUCAUGAAAAUGCUCGACAACCUGCCUCCGAUGCUGAGUCCAUGAAACAAGAAUCUAGCAAUGUUAACAAUGAUCAAGUCAAAGAAGGAAAUGAGGAGGAGGAGGCUUGUGCUAUUGUGAUAGAGAGCGAUUCGCAAUCCAAUGAGAGUUCUGAGGCUGAAAAUAUAAGUUCGGAGGAACCUAAGACAAAUGAAUAUGAUAAUGAAGAACAUUCUGAUGAUUCCAAGAAUCCAGCAUGCUCUGAAAAUCAGCCACUUGUAGCAUCUAUACAGAUGAUUCAAAAGACCUCCUGGUGGAGUUGCUGUGGAUUGUUUGAGGUUCUGCGAGCCUCGGAUCGAUGAGUUCACGAGGAUCUCAACCGAUGGAUCUAACAUAUGAAGAAUUCAAAGGACUUCGUCCAAAAAUUUUGUGAUAUUGCUUUCUAAAUUGUAUUCUAUAAUAUUGAGCAUUGAGGCCUAACUAUAAUCCAUAUGAGAUUUUAUUUUUCGUUUUCUGUAUUUGUGGUUCUUAUAAAGAUUUUUUUUUUUAUUCUUUUAUGCCUUCUGGCAUUUGUUUACAAUCAUCCACUAGCAAUGAAUGCGGAAUAAUUCCAUCC